UGUAUAAUUGUUUUGAAGUCUAUUAUAAUUUAAAACGCUAUUGUAAUUAAUAAAAGUAAGCCUUUCAGCCUUUGUAAUAGGUAAUUAAUAAAAGGCUUUCAGCCUUUGUAAUAGGUAAUUAAUAAAAGGAUUAAUUUUACAAUAGGUAAUUAAUAAAAGGCUUACUUUUAUUAAUUACCUAUUGUAAUUAAUAAAAGUAAGCCUUUCAGCCUUCGUUAAAAAUUCAUCUUUUGCAUUCGUUGUCAAAGGGAGGUUAAAUUAAACAAAUAUGCUGGUUUUUUUAAUAUAAAAAGAAACAUCAAAAUGGGACAAAAUAAUACACAUCUAAAGAAUCAUGAAAACAUUCUUUAUAGCCAAGAAUUUAAGUUAAAUUUUAGUGAAAGUGUUGGAGUAGAUUGGAAAACACUGGGUCGUAGAUUAAACAUUGAAGACAAUUAUUUAGAGAUGAUUGAUCAUGAUGAAUCCAAAACCCCUGAGAAAGCAUAUUCAAUGUUAACUACUUGGAUGCGAAUGAAUGAUAAUCCAUCACUUAAGGAGUUAAAAACAGCUUUAAGAAAAAUGAGGAGAAUGGAUCUAAUUAGAAAAAUUGAUAAAUUUACAAAAACUUUGAGUUCACCAGAAAGUUCUUCCAGAACUUCUUCUAAGAAAGAUACAUCAGAGGUGUGCACAGCACUGAAAAAAUAUUAUCGUGAAAAUUAUAGAAAAAUAAAUGAAAUUCAACCACCAUUAAAAGUACCUGCAAGUGUUGAUCUAAUGAAUAACUUUGUUGAUCUAUGUAUCGUUGAUGCAGUUAAUACUCAAAUGGAUGUUGUUUUUAAUUUUGAACGAAAAAAAUUUCUUGAAAAGCAAAUGAACUAUACACCUAUUUCAUAUAGUGAAAUUUUUAUGAAAGAAAAAUCUGUAAUAUUAAUAUCUGGAAUAGCUGGUAUAGGAAAAACAUGGUUGCUUCGAAAAUGUUUGCUUGAUUGGUCAAACAAUUUAAUUUGGAAAAAUGUUGAACUUGUAUUUUAUUUGGAAUGCAGAAAGCUUAAUCAAUAUCAAAAUAUUUCUAAUAUUAAUGAAUUACUAAAUAAUUUCUACAAAGAUAUUAUAAAUGAUUUUGAUAUUAGUACUCAUUCUACGCUGUUUAUAAUUGAUGGAUUAGAUGAGUUUAAAUAUUUACAUGAACUAAUAAAUUGCAGUUUAAGUUGUUACUAUCCAAUUGUUAAUGUUUUAACAGAAAUUCAAAAAUAUAAAUAUGUAGUUGCUGGUAGAGUUCAUGCAAUUGAUCAGUAUCAAAGUAUAUCUACAGAGGAUUGUGAUAAGAUAAACAUUCAAAUUAUGGGAUUUAAUGAAGAUGGAAUAAAUAAUUAUAUAGAAAAUAAUGUUUUAGAGGAAAAAAAAGAUGUUGUGAAAGCAAAUUUGAAGGAAUCUGCAAUUGCAAAAUCAAUGUCAUCUGUUCCAUUUUAUUUAUCUUUUAUGUGUAAGAUUAUUAGUAUUUCAAAAAAUUUAUACAAAAAUACUUUUUUAACAAUGACAGACUUGUAUGCAAAUAUUUUUUUACACUUUUUGAAAAAACACAUUAUCAAAAAUAAUGAAUCGAUUUCUCAAUUCAUGGAAAACAAUUUCAAUAAAAAAUAUGUUUUAAACAUUUGUAAAAUUGCGUAUCAAUUGUUUGUUGAAAAUAAAGUAAUUUUUUCCAAAGAAGACAUUCAAACUUUCAUCAUUGACUUUGAUAAAAAUGAAGAAACUUUUUUUGGAUUUAUUGAAAGGAUUGAAACAAGUCUAGGUGAAUAUAUUUAUCAAUUUGCACAUUUGACAAUAAUGGAGUUUUGUGCAUCUAUAUAUGCAUAUAAUUGUUUAAGUAGUGAAGAGAUUUUGACUAAUAAAAAGCUGAAGAGUUGUUUAUCAAUGAUUUGUGGUUUAACCAAUAAAAAUCAAAAUAGUUCCUUAAAGUUUCUUGUUAACCUGAAUCCUUUAAAAAAACCUUGUGACGAUUCUUUAUUUUUGUUUUCUAUUUUUGAUCGUCUACUUAAAUUAUCUCGUCAAAGUGGUUAUUAUUACGUUAAUUUAUUCAUUGAAUGUUUUUAUGAAAGUCAAUCAUCAUUAACUGAUGAAAUAAAAUUAAUCGUCGAUGAACGAGAGUGGAAGAUUUCGAUUGACGAUGGAAAAACUUCUUACGAAACUUCUUGUGAAAAUUUUUUUGUAAAUCAUUACAUUAAAUCUGGAAGAAAGUUAUCGACGUUAUAUGUUAGUAAAAAUAUUUUAAGUGAUGAAGAAAAAAAUCUUAUAAUUAAAUGUUCAACAAAUGUUCGCCGUGUCGACUUUUAUUGUCCAAUUAAAUUAGAAGGAUGGAAACCGAAAGAUAAGAUUGAAGAGUUGUUCAUAAACAUCUCACGUUAUUUAAUAACGAAAAAAGAUUUUGAAGAAAAUUUUCUUCCGUGGAUUAAUCUUUGUGAAGGAUUAGAUCUUAUCGAGGGUUAUGAUCAACUUAGGAUGAUGACAUUGGGCUAUAAUAAAAUGGCCAUUGUUAAUGACUACGUUAGAAUCAAAGCUAUAAGCUUAAAUUAA